GAAUUGGAACGCGUUGAUUUUUAUUUUUUUUUCUGGGUUCGUGUGGCGCCGUGGCGGUGUGGGUUUACUCUUCCCCGCAAACCUCCGACACGACGGCCGCCCAAUGCUGUGAGCCGCGCCGGCGCGUCCAUGCCCACCUCCGCCGCCGCGCAGUCCACCUCCCAUCCCGGCGUGGCAACGCCUUAAUUUGGUAGGGUUGAGCAAAUCCUGGACGGCGACAGCUCGAUUCGCGACAUCCUCGGCGUCUUCGCUCUCUAGGCGCCAUGGCAGCACCUCCCGAGCUGCAACGGCCGCCCGACCGUCCGCCGGCGCUGCCUUCUCCUUCACCCGAAUCACCGCCAGUGCAGCCCCAAUCUUCCCCGCCGCCUGAAUCUUUCCCGUCGCGCGUGGUUGUGGCUACGCCGGCGCCGCCCUCGGUUAUUGCUGCUUCGGAGCCGACAUUGUUUUUUUGCUCGUCGGCGUCGUCCUCGGUUGAAGCUCCGCCGCCCCCGCCUGUGCUUCUUGGCCCGCCAGCGACACCUUUGCCCCCGCCAGUGCUGCAAGGUAUGCCGGAGCUGCCUUCAUCCAUGCCGCAACCUCUGCAUGUUUUGGCUCCGUCACCACCACAUUAUACGACCACCGUUGGAGUCCCCGUCGUUGACCAUGAAGAGGCUAACUCAGUAGCUAUAGGAUCAACUGACAUACCACAAAUUGACUGGGCUUCAAUAGAAUCUGAGUCUAGAUGGGAGGAAGAAGGACACCAAGAAGUGGUAAAAGAAGAUGGGAUGUAUGAUACUUUAGGAUUGCAAAAGGAAGUUGAUUGUGUUCAAAAUGAUUGUGAAGAUGCACAGGCCACAAUGCCAUGUCUUGAUAAUGAUGAUGAUGUGGUCAUGUUUGAUAUAAAUAACCCUGUUAUGAGGCUUGGCAGCACUUACAGUAGCAUGAAGGAAUUUAGGCUUUCAAUGAUACAAUAUGCAAUUAAGCAAGAAUUUGAGCUGGGCAUUGAAGCUACUAGUACACGAAGAUAUAGAGGCUAUUGUAAAGGAGGUGAUUGCCCUUGGAGUAUACAUGCCAGAAAAAAAGUAGAAGAAUCACCCACCAUCAUUGUUACAGCUAUGACAGAUGUGCAUACUUGUACAUCUAGUGGAAGGAGGAAGACCAAGACCCCUACAAGUGGUUGGGUUGCCGCUCAAGCUCUUCCACUCCUCAAGAAGAAGCCUACAAUGGGAGCCAAGGAAUUGCAGACUGCUUUGCAGGACACUUACAAUGUGCAAAUUGCUUAUUUGACACUUUGGAGAGGUCGGGAGAAGGCUUUGGCAGAGUUGUUUGGAAGUUGGGAGGAGAGCUUCCAACUCCUAUUCUCUUGGAAGCAAGCUGUAUUGGAGAAAAUGCCAGAUAGCGUGGUUGAGAUUGAUGUUCGUGAAGAGGAUGGUAAGGUAUAUUUCCAUCGGUUCUUUUGUGCUUUCGGGCCAUGCAUCAAGGGAUUCCUUGAGGGGUGCAGACCAUACUUGAGCUUGGACUCCAUUGCACUUAAUGGUCGAUGGAACGGCCAUCUUCCUUCAGCUACAGGUGUCGACGGGCACAAUUGGAUGUAUCCAGUGGCAUUUGGGUUUUUUGAGUUUGAAAAUCUGGACAGUUGGACUUGGUUCAUGACACAUCUACAUAAAGCAUUGGGGGAUAUGCCUCUUCUUGCAGUUUGCUCAGAUGCUUGCAAGGGACUGACUAAAGCAGUGGCCACUAUUUUCCCAAAUGCGGAGAAGAGGGAGUGCUUCAGGCACUUGAUGCAAAAUUACAUCAAAAGGUAUGCUGGGCAAGAACACAUGUAUCCUGCAGCUAGAGCAUACCGGAAGGAAGUGUUUGAUCAACACUUUGCUAAUGUAAUAGGCAUUUCAGACUUAAUGGCAUGGAUGAAGAAGGAGCAUUCACUUCUAUGGUAUCGCAGUGGAUUCAACCCGGCCAUUAAGUGUGAUUACAUCACCAACAACAUUGCUGAGGUCUUCAACAAUUGGGUGAAAGACUAUUUGGACCUCCCAAUUUGUGAGUUAGCCGAUAAGAUUAGAACCUUGAUUAUGGAUCUAUUUUUUAGGAGGAGGAGGAUAGGAGAAAGGCUUAAUGGCAAGAUACUACCAGCUGUCCUAAAUGUGUUGCGGGCAAGAACUAGAGGAUUAGGGCAUUUGUCACUAGUAAACAGUGACCACUACUGUGCUGAGGUUCGUGACAACAACAAUUGUCAUUCUAGGCACAUUGUUGACGCCAAAGUGCAUUAUUGCUCAUGCGAGGAGUGGCAACACACCGGAAAGCCAUGCCAACAUGCUCUAUGCGUCAUAAUAGCAGAACAAUAUAGGGUUGUGGAGUUGGAGUAUUUUGUAGAUGAGUACUAUUCAGUUGAAAAGUUCAAGAAAGCUUAUGAUGGGAGAAUAGGGGCAUGUUUGGUUCCCAGCCUAACUUACCACACUUUGCCUAACUUUUCUGCCUAAGGUUAGUUCUUCAAUUUAAACGACUAACCUUAGGCAAAGUGUGGCGUAGUUAGCCACGAACCAAACAGGCCCUAGAAUUACUUGGUGAUAAGUCUUUUUGGCCAAAGGUUGCAUUAGGCAAUGAGGUGAGUGCACCUCUUGGUAGAAGAACUGCAGGUAGGCAAAGAAAAAAUAGGAUCAAGGGAUGCCUAGAAGGUGGAAUAGGGAAGAAGCGAAGCAGAAAUGUUGACAAUCAUAGGAACAAAGAAGAGGUCAAGAAAGCAGUGAAAGAACAUUCAAAGAUGGUUCCCGUCUGAAGAAGGACCAAGCACACCACUUGGCGAUGUUGAAGCAUCCUCCUCGGUCCUCACAAGCACCACAAAGGGUGGGGGUUAAAAAGAUUACAUCCAAGAAGAGAGCUCAACCUCCUAAUGAUGACAUAUUGGGUGGAACCAUGUAAUUGCUGUUUGAGGCGAUGUAUGGGGUUUAGGACGGAGUACUAUGUAUGAAACCCCUAUUAUGAUACUGUGGUUGAUGCCAUGUAUGAACCAUGUUAUAUUUCUAGCUAUGUGUGUUGGUAGCUUACUGGGUGUGUGAAACCCCUAUUAUGAUGCAUGAACCAUAUUCAGUUUACUUGGUGA